AUGGCUUCGAAACGCCUUAUGGGUACUCAAGGAGAACAGAAGAAGCUGAUUCAACCGACCGAUCCAUAUCGACUUCCUAUGGGGCAUGCUAAAGUAAGCUUUUUUGGAGAUUUUAUUUUUUUCCGCUUUUAGGUCAUAAGUAAUAUAAAAUGAUGGCUCAAACAAACGGUUUCCAAGAUAAAUUGUAUUUGUAGUUUUUCGUGGAGCCUCUUGGUUUCUUAGUAGCUGUUUUUACACAAAAUGAGGCAGUGUUUCUUUUCGUUUCGCCACUUAUUAUCUUAUCCUUCAGCUAGCCCUCGCAACUCUCGGUUCUUUGUACAUUGGCGGGAAGAUAGCUCAGUUCGGUGUGUAUCUGCUAGAUGAAUACGAGAUCUUCGUUCACAGCGAUGAUGACGACGAUUAG